GAAGGCCAGAUCUGGCUGCUCUAGUCUGGGAUGUGGAGUCGUCAUCGUGAAGCAUUCUCCAUGUACAAGAGGAUGCCAUCAGGAGAUCAUUCAACUAUAGUUGAUGAUGUGGAAGAGAACUCAGCUCUCUUACAAAAAAGCAUGGACAUGGAAACUACAAAUCCUUCAUGGUUGCUUUCCUUUCCGCAUGUAGUAGUGGCAACCAUAACUUCACUCCUAUUUGGCUACCACCUUGGGGUAGUUAAUGAACCACUUGAAAGCAUCUCCAUAGAUUUAGGUUUCAGUGGCAAUACUCUGGCUGAAGGUCUGGUGGUGAGUACAUGUUUGGGUGGUGCCUUUAUUGGAUCUUUAUUCAGUGGUUUGGUUGCUGAUGGUGUUGGACGUCGUAGGGCAUUUCAGUUGUGUGCUCUGCCUAUGAUUAUUGGUGCCGCUACAAGUGCAACAACAAAAACUUUGGCGGGUAUGCUCAUCGGAAGGUUCUUAGUUGGGACUGGAAUGGGACUUGGUCCACCUGUUGCCUCUCUUUAUGUGGCAGAGGUUUCCCCUGCUUCUUUAAGGGGAACGUAUGGAAGCUUCAUCCAGAUUGCAACAUGUCUGGGACUAAUGGGAGCUCUGUUUAUUGGAAUCCCUGUCAAAGAAAUUGCUGGCUGGUGGCGUGUUUGUUUUUGGGUCUCAACUAUUCCCGCUGGAUUACUUGCAUUUUUCAUGAUGUUUUGUGUGGAAAGUCCACAUUGGUUGUACAAGAAAGCAAGAAGUGCUGAAGCUGAAGCAGAAUUUGAGAGGCUUUUAGGUGGAUCACACGUCAAAUAUGCCAUGCUAGAAUUAUCCAAAUUGGACAAGGGGGAUGAAGCAGACGCUGUGAGGCUCACAGAAUUGCUCUAUGGCCGCCAUUUUAAAGUUGUUUAUAUUGGGUCAACCCUAUUUGCUUUACAACAGCUAUCUGGAAUAAAUGCUGUGUUUUAUUUCUCUUCAUCUGUAUUUAAAAGUGCGGGAGUGCCAUCGGAUGUUGCAAAUGUUUUGAUAGGAGUAGCAAAUUUAUCAGGAUCUAUUGUUGCGAUGCUUUUAAUGGAUAAACUUGGAAGGAAGCUGCUUCUUUUGUGGAGCUUCUUUGGCAUGACUAUUGCAAUGGUUCUUCAAGUUGCUGCGGCAAAUACUUUCAUGUCAGGCUCUGGAUCUUUAUACCUAUCAGUUGGUGGCAUGCUAAUGUUUGUCUUAACAUUUGCACUAGGAGCUGGUCCUGUUCCCGGUCUCCUGCUGCCUGAAAUUUUCCCUAACCGAAUCAGGGCAAAAGCUAUGGCAUUCUGUAUGUCAGUACACUGGGUAAUCAAUUUCUUUGUUGGUUUGCUCUUCCUGCGCUUGCUGGAGCAACUUGGCCCGCAGCUUUUAUACACCAUUUUCGCAAGCUUUUGCAUGAUGGCUGUGGUCUUUGUUAAAAGGAAUGUAAUGGAGACCAAAGGAAAAUCCCUUCAAGAGAUAGAGAUUGCUCUUCUCCCACCGGAAUAGAGAUGCUACGUCAUCUUCCAAAAUUUUUUAACAUUUAUUUUUUGAUGUUGAGCUAAAACAACCACCCGACAUGUACAAAUAUGCGAGCGCAACAGUGUUAUGCAUGUAUGUAUUAUCAAUAGUAGAUAAUUCAGUCCA